GCAAGCGCGCUGAGACGCAGCCAAUCAAGGCAGAGCGGCGCGGCCUGGUUUCCGGGUUGGCGGAGAGGCCUGCUCUAUGGCCGGCGCCGGGAGCUGCUUGAACCUUUGGCGGGAGGAGAACGACGGGCUGGCGCGGCGCUGGCGGAGGGUGGCCCGGUCUCCAGGCUCAGGCUGUUCAGUGACACAAACAGCCCAGCAAUGCCGGCUCGACUUCACCAAGCUGUUGCAGAAAAUCCAAGGGCUUCCGGCUGUGCUUCCAGCUCUGCCACUGGAGCUCGCCAUCCUCUACAAUUCCCUCUUAUUCGACAUCCACCUCUCUAGCAACUCUGGCGAAAAGCUAUUGGCAAUGAUAGACCACGAGCUCAGUAGGGUUCUGGAGGCUUGUGCCGAGUCUGCCCAGGGACUCGUCUCAGAGGAUCGCUGGCAGAAAGUGCUCCAGGAGGGGGCCCCGGAAGAGCUCAGGGGUCCUCUGCAUCGACUGGCUGCCCUGCAGGGGGCACUUUGGCUGGCAGCAAACCGCCUAGGAAGCGCGGAAGGCCUCUUUCAGCUCCUGAGUGGCGCCAAGAGCCUGAGGCCUUCUCCUUUCCAUGGCUGUCAGAACAACCUCCUCUCACUGCUCCAGACGUGGCAUCCCCAUGAUGUGGGGGAAUCGGGUCCCCUCGUAGCGCAGAACGUCCGAGACCUGAAAGAUAUUCUGUGGACGUCCGCUGCCUUCCUGCAAGGUUUUCAGGAACUGGAAGCUGGCAGUCUCCCUGCGGCUCUUGCCCUCCUCCAAGCAGCUGCUGCCGGGCGAUGUUCUAAACGAGUCCUUGCCCAGAUCUUCACCUUAAUGGGAUGCUGCAACCAGAAAAUGGGCAAGCCGCAGAUGGCCAUCCAGCACCUGAAACGAGCCCUGCAGGUGGAUUUCACUUUCCUCCCGGCCUUGUACCAAGCAGCCUUGUUGUACCGCCAGCUGGGGCUCUUGGAUGCCGAGCUGGAGGCCCUGGUGCUGCUUUAUCAGGCUCUCGACGGCCCUGUGCAAGCAACUACGGUGUCCGUCAACCCGCAUUUCCUAAUCCAAACGGAGCUCCUCAUCUGCGCACCAACACUGGCUGCUUUCUUUGUUCAGAACCGUCCAGCAGAAGUGAAAUAUGUGCUGGCCCAGAGGUGCCUCCAAGCAGGGAGGGCAGGUGAGGCUGUGGAGCACUACCUGGAUCUUCUGGCUCUCUUACAGGAAGGGCCUCUUAAGCAGGGGCUGUAUCCAGCCUUGCCCAGGAUCCCUGAGGUGUUCUUGGAAGCUGCCUCAGCCCUGCAGGAGCUGGCCAGGCAUCAAGACGCCGUGGCGGUGUGUGAGGAGGUGGUCACCCGAACGAGUGAGCUGGUCCCUGAGCGGCUGCGAAUUGAGCUGGGCGCCUGUGCCGAAGAGAACACCUCGGAGACGGCAGGGUCCCCCUUGGCAAAGUCUCCUGAUGUCAUCACGGAGCGGAAGAGGGAGAGCCUGCGCUGUGUCCUUUGGCGGGCGGGGGCCUAUUUGCUCCAGGGCUGGGCAUGGGCCAGGCUAGGAGAAGUCAAGGAAUCCAUAAGCCUCUUGAGCAGGUGUCUUAAUGAUCUCCUAAGAGUCCAUUUUGAGAACACAGCAGGAAGCAGCACCGAGGAGGAAACUGAGCAAAUGGAAGCAAAGGUGCUUUCCCAAAUCAGGCAGCUGGCCUUGACCGCACGAGGGACCCAGUUCCUGGGGCUGGAGCGGGACAAAGAAGCCUUGAUGGAUUUCCAGCACAGCUUGCACAUCUGUCCAGGUGACCCCACGGCCAACUUGUAUCUGCUUCACACCCUCUGGCAGCUGGACCGAAGGCAGGAAGCAGCUGCACACUGGCAGAAGUUCCACUCAGUCCCUGCGUCCACGGAGGAGAAGGCAGAAAGGACCUUCCCGUUAUACCUACUUUCAUGUAUGAAACAAAUGACUUUUCCUCACAUGGAAUCCCUCGCCAGGAACAUGGAGUGCUGUCUUGCGGGAGGCAGCCAGGGGCCCUAGAGCUGCUGCUCUGCCUUUGCCCGCCUUCCCUUCAGACGACUGGACAAAAGAGGGGAUGUUUCCAUUGGACUCACUGAUGGGUUACAAAAAUGACCCUUUUCCUAGUGGAAAGGAUGUGAGAGCAUUGUAGAAGC